CCCUCCCCUGCUCAGCAUCACCGCAUCAUCCGCCGUCCUCUCCCCCAACACGGGACCGAAAAGUGACCCCCGCGAGACCCAGAUAUACCGGGAUAAUGGACGACGUCCCUCCGAUCAUCAACAUCGCCAUCUCCCUGCGGAUCCAGCCCAACGACGGGCCCGUGUUCUUCAAGGUGGACGGGACCCGGUUCGGCCAGAGCCGGACCAUCAAACUGCUCACGGGCUCCAAAUACAAGAUCGAGGUGGUUUUGAAGCCUGGAAACGUCGAGGCCACCAACAUGAACAUCGGAGGCAUCAUCUUCCCUCUGGAGCAGCAGUCCAGGGACGAGGAGUCGGUGGUUUAUCAAGGCCAGUACGACACCGAGGGCGUCCCGCACACCAAGAGCGGAGACCGCCAGCCGGUCCAAGUCAGUAUAGAGUUCAACAAAGCCGGGACGUUUGAGACGGUCUGGCAGGCCAAAUACUACAACUACUACAAGAGGGAGCACUGCCAGUUCGGCAACAAAUUCAGCACCAUCGACUACGAAUGCAAGCCCAACGAGACGCGGACCCUCAUGUGGAUCAACAAGGAGGCGUUCAACUGAGUCCGCCCCUGAACCUUUUCCACCGUCCACACACCAAAUACCAAGCACACUUGCACCCGGACUUUAAGCGUAACAACGGAAGGUCUGGUAUUUGGGUUGUUUUAUCAAAAAAAGACGAGAGAAAAUAGCUGUCUGCUAGGGUCUCUAACCCUCAUGUUGUCCUCGGGUCAAAUUUGACCAGUUCUCAAAACUUCUAUAUCAGAAAUAUGGGUUUCUUUUUAACCAAAUUACUCCAAAAAUGAAGUACAAUUGCAAGUAUUCGAUCAGUACUUUCAUUGAAUUGUGGGUAUUCAAUGCUAUAGCAUUUGAAAAAAUUGAAAUGGUUUCAAAAUGUGACUAAACUUUGACAUCCACACGUCUGUGAUUCUCCACCAACAUACAUUACGUUCCUCUAAAUAUUAGUC